AUGGUCAAGAUGUCUAAGAUUAGCCUGAAUGAGUUUGCCGAAGCUCAAAAACCCCACUACACAAUACAUCCGAGGGUAAAAAGAAGAAAGCUUUCAUGUCAAAAGGGCGUCGAUCCUUUCGUAAAACUCCUGUCCGGUCAGGAAUCAUUGGAGAUGGUCCACAAUAGAUGGACUUUGUACCAUCAAUUGCACUCGCAAUUUUAUUGCCAGGUGGAUGAAAUUUUGCAUAGGAUUGAGCAGGAUAUUCAUAGGGAAAUCUCAAAUAUUUUGGCACGAAAUCUGAAAGCACGCCGGGCACCUUGUUUCAAUUCCUUGUUUCUACUUGGGUCGGACAGUACUACAAGCAUAGAACUACCCAAUGAAGAUACUGAGAAACUGAAUGUAAUUAUUGAUCUCACCCCGAAGGAGUCGCCUAAUGUUCGAAUGAUGCUUAGAAGGUCAAUGUUUAGACUGGUGAGUGCUGCUGAAGCUCCUUACAAAAAGCAUGCUAAAUUUGAAGAACCUGACGAAGAAGUUAAAAGUGAAGAAACACCAAACUCACAGCUUGCUAUGGAUCUGGGUGUUUCAUACGAUCUGUCACUGGUACAAAACUUCAAGAAAAUUUUCAAGAAAGGACUUAAGCUUGUCUUUAACUUUAAGGACGUGGAUUCCUUCAACUCUCAAGUGCUUGAUGAUUUCAUCAAUUUACUGAAUUCAUUACUAACUUGUGAAUCUGUUGAAAUAUGUUUGGUAUUGAACGUCAAUACUAAUUUGUCAAACAUUCAAAAAAACUUGCGCCAAUCUACUGUACGACUUUUGAAAAAGAACCUGUCUGUUGUAGAUCUCUCUCAUAAUAAGGGUUUUAAGUAUGCCAAUCAAACGUUUCAAAGCUUUUUGAACACCGUUGACGGCAAGCUGAACCUGUCGUCUGAGUUUGUCGGUUUUAUCUUAGAGAAGAUGGCCAACAACGCGACCCAUAAUCUCCAGCUGCUAACAAAAAUUUUAGAUUACUCUUUGAUGUCCUACUUUUUUCAAAAUCCCUUUUCAGUCUUCAUAGAUCCAACGAACGUAACGAGUUUGGACGCACAUUAUCUGCCACCACUAGUUAAAUGUCCAACUUUCAUGACAUUUAUCGACGGCAUGGUUCGAGAUCACGCACCGUCCGAGGACAUCGUCAGUUUGUUAGAGAAUGAGAAUGCGGCCCUAGAGGAAUUCUUUACGGAAUUUCUUGUUAGGGAAAAUCCCAUCAAUGGUCAUUUAAAGUUAGUGGUCGACGUACUUGAAAACCAGCUUGGAGUCUUUGACUACAAUUUAAUUGAUCUCUAUCACCACAUGCUAACAGGAAAGCUGGGAGAUUUUCUAUCAAAGUGGCCCAGCUGUGAACAAUUUGAUGACAUUCUUGCCUUUGAACCGGUGGACAUCAUUUUCCAAGAACUGUUUACACUGGAUAACAGCAAAGAGCUUUUUUCCCAGUCAUUAUUCCCAUACUUAAGAACAAAUCUCGAAGACAAUUUGAUAAAUUCAGACCGCAUCUUACCGCCUGCUACGAAGUUUCAGAAGGAGCCAAAUCCAUUCGAAGUCGAUUUCGGAUCUUUGAUAGAUCUUCCGAUCUGCCACUUAUUCAGCCUUUACAGAGAGGCAAGUGCACUAAUAAAUCUUUAUGAUUUUUUUUGUGCUUUCAACGAAGCACUGCCCAGACAGCGUCUACUUGGUUAUGUAAAUAAUGUCAUGAAUACUACCAGCUCUCAUGUCUCGAACGAGCAAAAAAUCAAAAUUCAAGCAUUGAUCGAAGGCGACGAUGUUGGGAGUGUAGUGGAUAAAAUGGUACUAGUGUGGUUUAUCCAAUCAAUUUCGGAGUUUCAGCUGAUCGGGCUCUUGAAAGGUAAUAACAACAGUGCUUACGAGGUCGUUGAGAAGUGUAUAUGGAGGGGUCUAUAG